AGGAGGAGGCUGCUCGUAUGCGGGCGGAAGCCGAGAAGUUGGUCGAGGCUGCUCGUGCGGGUGCGGAGCAGCUUGAGAAGGAUAAAGCUGCUUUUGAGAAGCAGAAGCAGACCUCUGAGUGGGCUGCUACUGUCCAACUGAAACAGGUGCGUACCCUUGCUAAACUCCUUGCUGAUGAGCGUAAGCGUUGGGAGGAAAUUUCAUCCAACGAGCGCAAGAAGUGGAACGAAUCUUGGGCUAAGCAGAACAAUCUUCUGUUUCAUACUCGGCAGGAGCUAGCAAACGCCAAGGCGGCAAAUGUUGCCUUGGGCAAUGAAAAAGCUGCGGCUGAGGCCGCAGCAGCUAAAGCGCUGCAGGCAAAGGAUGAGGCCCUGAAGGCGCUUGAAGAGGCCAAAGCAGCCGGGGCUCGUGCCUCAAAGGCCCUUGAAGAGGCCGCGGAGAAGGAGAGCCGUUCUUCCAAGGCUCUGGAAGAGGUGAAUGCGGAGCGCAUUCGUUUGGAUAAGGUUGUUUCCAGCCUUCAGGCUGAGGUUCAGUCCCGGGCGGUUGCGGUUACGGACCUUACUGCCCGCGUGUCUGAUGCGGAGAAGCGAGCCGACGCUGCCGUUGAGGCCAAGGAUGUCUUGGUGUCCUCUUUUAACCAGCUGGAAGCUGACCGUGAGUGGCUGCGGACUCACGACAUUGCGCGUAUUGUCGAGGCUAUCAUGAAUGCUCCUGAGACCUCAUCUGGUUUGGACCUGGGUGAAAACCCUGAACGGCCUUUAGUGGCCGAAGAAGAAGAAGAUGGGACUGCCGGUAGUGGAUUACCGGCGCUGAAGUGGACCAGGAAAAGCUUUGAUCGCCUUAUGCUUGAGGUCCAAAUGCCCUCGGAGUAUGGGGCUCGGUACCCAUCAGAGGGUGAUACUGGUGCCGACGCUCCGGCCGGUUAUGUGACCAUGUGGUCCGAUUUCUUCGUAGAUUGUAACCUCCGAUUACCGUUGACGGUGUUUGUUGUGGAUAUCUUGGAGUGGUACAGGGUCCACAUUUCUCAAGUGAGUCCAUUUGGGAUGAUUCGGAUUCGUAAUUUUGAGUUUACCUUUCGUGCUCUUGGCAUAGAGCCUACCGUCGGAGAUUUCCGACGGUUUUAUCAGAUGACGGUGUUCAUGGGGUUCUUUUCUUUCCGUCAACGAGACGGUACCCCGAAGCUGAUGACUCCCCCUAAGGGGAUGACGAUGUGGAAGAAGAAGUUCUUCUAUAUCAAGUCUGCUGCCCUUGCUGUGGAUAUGACGUUUCGGAAUGUGACCGAGACGAUCAUAGCAGAGACCAUUGCGAUGCCCAGUUUGAAAUCAGUGCAAUGGUUCCCGCAGCUGCAGACUAUUGAGUCUGUGAAAUUGACCAACACGCAACUAUGGCUGUUGCGUAUGAUGUUGAGGAGGGGCAAGAACUCGAAACCCGUGGUGCGGGAAAAGAGCGGUGAAGAUGCUCCCGCAUGGAGGAUGUUUGCUCCGGAUUUCGAGGGUACGGUUGAGACCGUAGUUUGUGCGGAUGGUGAACAGGAUCACAACACUAUCAUCCGUAGUAACUUCCGGGUGCCUACUGCGGCUGCACUGGCAGUUGAGUUGCCAGUAGGCAAAGGUGAUCUUAGGGCCUUGGGGGACCCUGAAGCGAAAGGUGUGCCAAAGAGGCAAACUGUGAAGGGCGUGCGCUUUUGCCAAAAGAAGAUAAAGGAGGUCACUACUGUGCCUCAUCUGGUGCCGCAGGCAGCAGCCGCGGAGUCACGUUCUGGUGCUGCGAAGAAGCAGGCAGAAGAGGUGGCUGCGGGAGGGACAGCUGCGGGUCCCCCUGUGAUUGGUGAGAAGAGGAGGCCAGAGCAGAAAGCUGCUGGUGGUGUUGAAACCAAACGUCGGAGGCUAGUAACCAAAAGGUCUGCUCCGGCGCAGAAAAAACCUGCGGUUGUCGUUGAGCGUCAAGAUGAAGAUUUUUCUAUCUUCGAUGCUCCGGAGUCCCCUCCGCGUGCCAUGGGUGCGGGUGGAACGGAGGUGCCGUCGACACCUCCUGUCAAGGUGGUACCUGAGUCAACCGUGCAGAAGGAGGGUACCGCAGAGAAUGCUGCGGCCCAGAUAUUCGAUACUGUCGACUCGUCUAACAACCUGAUCUCUCCCAAUGAGGGAGACGAUUUGAGUUUGCGGUUCACUGCUACUGGGAAGCAACAUUCUGACGCUGAACCGCAAAAAACUGGCGCUGAAGCGCGGCAGCAUGAUGCUGGGCCGCAGAAGUCUUCGGUUGAUAAGGGUACUAGCUCGUCUGCCGGUGGUGCGGGGGGGAUGAUAUUGCUAACGACCCUGCGGCCUGCAGGGAGAUCUUGGGCGGUCUGGGGACCCCCUUUGAAGUUGAGCGGGCUCGUGCCGCACCGCGGGAGCUGCGUAUAA